GUCAAAUUCCCCCCGAAGAAGAAGAGAAAAAGUCGUAGCAAAACGAAAAAGUGUUCAAUUUCUAACCUCGCAUAUUAUCCGAAAAGAACCAUAGGUUGGUGUGCGAAUUGUCGUAAUUCUUGUCCGUGUAGUGCGUGCAAACUAAACAGUGCGAUUGAUCGUCGGCUGUGAUUGAGCUGAGCGAAACAUUGUUGCACUGAUCGUGGACCAGCUUCUAGCAGCAGCCUUUCGGUAGCUGUGUUACAAAAGCAUAAAUUAAGCGUUGCGUGCAGAACCACUGCGGAAUAUAGUUUUACGUAUCGACCGUGCCCUGUCGAGGUGUGUUUUUUUUUGGCUACCACAUGUGAUGUGCUCCGAACGUAAAGCAAACACAAGCUCAUAGCAACGGGUUUGCCUAUUCUGGAGGUGAGAAAUUUUCCUCGCGCCACGCUACGAAAAACAAAAACAAACGCAAAAAGGGCAUAGUGAAGCUGGGUGGCGUGGGACGUUCAUAACAAUCGGGCCCAUCGAGUGGUGCACGACACUGAGAGGAGGUGGCAGCGCUGUGCUACUAGAAAACUAGCGUGAGGUUUCGAGCGAUAAGCCGAAGAACGGGCGGUGGUAUAAUCAGGAAAAGAAUUGAUAACAGGACAAGGAGCUUGAUAGGAGUUUCUGGCAGCAGCAGCAGCAGCAUCUUUGAGAGGAGCAAAAACAGAGAGAAAGCUCUGUCCAGCACGUCGAGUUCAACCUCUCCAUUUGGGUUCCGUCGGUUCCGUAAAAGGCAUGUAAAUAAUGAUUGAAACAACAGAACAAUCGAAAGACUCCAAUGACGCGGAAGAUGAGGAUGAUGCUUUGUUGCCGGUCUGUUUCAACUGUGAGCGACAUCGGGGCAAGAUCCUUGGCAUCAACUGCACGACCCAAUGUUGGCGUGUACGAGACCGCAUGAAAACGGUGAGCGUGGCGCUGGUGCUGUGCCUCAACAUCGGUGUCGACCCGCCGGAUGUGGUCAAAAUCGACAAGUGUGCGCGGGUAGAGUGCUGGAUCAAUCCGGCAUCCUACUCGCCCGGGAAAGCGCUAGAGAUGAUCAGUUACCAGCUACAGAAGCAGUACGAACGGUGGCAGCCUCGCGCCCGCUAUCGGCACUCACUCGACCCAACGAUGGAGGACGUGAAGAAGCUGUGCACCUCGCUGCGUCGGAAUGCGAAAGAGGAGCGUGUGCUGUUCCACUAUAACGGCCACGGUGUGCCGCGUCCGACGGCCAAUGGCGAAAUUUGGGUGUUCAAUCGGAAUUUCACGCAGUACAUCCCGCUGUCCAUCUAUGACCUGCAGACGUGGAUGGGCGCUCCAUCGAUUUACGUGUACGAUUGCUCAAACGCCGGCAUUAUCGUGAACAGUUUUCACACGUUCGCCGAUCAGCACGAGCUUGAGGUGGAGCAUAUAAGGAAUCGAAGCGGCAGCACGGUGGGACACACGGGCGGCGACCUACAGGCGGAGGAUAGUCGCAGCUCACCCUCCCCUUCGACCGGGGGCGCUGGAACGACGACGUACCGGAACUGUAUUCAGCUGGCGGCCUGCGCUGCCGAUCAGUUGCUGCCGAUGAAUCCCAACCUGCCGGCGGAUCUGUUCACCUCAUGCCUUACUACGCCGGUCAAGAUGGCGCUACGGUGGUUUACGCUUCAAUCCACUUCCAAGCUGGUGCCGGAGGUGACAGAGGAGCUGAUUGAGAAAAUUCCCGGCCAGCUCAACGAUAGGAGGACGAUGAUGGGUGAGCUGAACUGGAUUUUUACCGCCAUUACGGACACGAUUGCGUGGAACACGCUGCGGCCCGAACUGUUCCAGAAGCUGUUCCGCCAGGACCUGCUGGUGGCGAGCCUGUUUCGCAACUUUCUGCUGGCCGAGCGUAUCUUGCGGGCGUACGACUGCACGCCCAUCUCUAGUCCGGCGUUGCCCCCCAGCUAUCGGCAUCCGAUGUGGUCGGCGUGGGAUUUGGCCCUAGACCAGGCGCUGGCCCAGCUGCCGGACGUGCUCGAGAAAGGAAAACCAUUCCAGCAUUCGCCCUUCUUCGAGGAGCAGCUGACGGCAUUUCAGGUGUGGCUAGAGGGAAGCACCGAGCAGCGCAGCCCGCCCGAGCAGUUGCCGAUCGUGCUGCAGGUGCUGCUGUCGCAGGUUCACCGAUUGCGUGCCUUGGAGUUGUUGGGACACUUUGUUGAUCUCGGUCCGUGGGCGGUUAAUCUGGCGCUGAGCGUGGGCAUCUUUCCGUACGUGCUGAAGCUCCUGCAAAGCUCGGCCAAGGAGCUGCGCCCGUGUCUGGUGUUCAUCUGGGCGAAAAUAGUUGCAGUGGAUGGGACGUGCCAGAUCGAUCUUAUCCGUGAGCAAGGUCAUAAGUAUUUCCUGAUCGCCCUGCAAGACACCAAUCCCGGCGGGCAACCGUUCAAGGGCAAUCAUCGAACGUACGCUGCGUUCGUGCUCGCUAGCAUCGUGCACAACUUCCCGAACGGACAGUCGAGUGCACUGCAGGGGCAGCUCGUGUCCAUCUGCCUCGAUCAGCUGAACGACGACAGCAAUCCACUGCUGCGGCAGUGGUUGGCCAUCUGCUUGGGGCAUCUGUGGCAGAACUACGAACAAGCACGGUGGUCCGGCGUGCGGGACAAUGCGAACGAAAAACUGUACCCCCUGCUCAGCGAUCCCUAUCCGGAGGUGCGAGCUGCUGCCGUCUAUGCGCUGGGCACGUUUAUAAGCUCGGUAAAGCAACGGUCGGACCAUGCGAACAACAUCGAUCGCUCGACUGCGAUGCACCUUUUCUCCACGGUAAGCAACGAUAUGAGCCCGCUGGUACGCAUGGAGCUGAUUGCCGCGCUUCAGUGGAUGGUGCUGUUCUUCGAGUCACAGUUUGCCGGCACGUUUUUGCAGCUGGACAGCCCCGAACGGACCACCAAUCCGAUGAAGCGCGUCCUAAGCACGAGCAAUAUUAUUGGCGUUGGCAAAGCGUCCGUCAUGGUUGGGUUCUAUCAGAAGCUGUGGAACGGAUUCAUUGCCCUGUCGAAAGAUCCCUUCCCGGAGGUUGCCUCGAUGGCGCAGAAAGUCGUUGACUAUGUGCGCGCCGACAGCGCCAAGGAGGUGACGGUGUGCGACAAAAGCUCGCACCACUACGGUAGCGCGGCCAGCGUCAGUUUACCUCCGUCACCGAACACUCGUGUCGGUUAUCUAGCGGGCGAGUCGCCCCCAACGCACGGGGGAAUACACGGCCCCAGUGACAACGGGGGCAGUCACCAUCGUCUGGCGAAUCAGCAGACGCCACUAGCAAUGAAGAAGCGUAUCCACGCGGUAAACGACAGUCCAGCGGCCGGACCGGAUUAUACGGACAGUCCGGAUAAAUUAGCGUAUUCGCAAUCGUCCUCACACUCCCUGUCGUCAUCGACGGCUCCGCUGAAGCCGAUCGUGGGGACUCAGUAUAUCGAAUGGUCGGUCAGCUUCUUUGCCCAACCGUCGAAGCGUAUGAACGAAGCGAAAGCGGCCGGUACGGAUCACAAUUCGUACGAAUUUCUCAUCCGCAAAUCGCGCUGGUUGCGCAACAAAGAGGUACGAGCGGAGGGGCGUACGCAGCGCAUGAAGGCGAUCUUUAAGCGGCUAGAUGUGCAAAGUUGGUCCUGCCGUACGCAGCAUGCACCGACGUUCAUCAAGCUAAAUCCUUACGACGAACAGGUGGCUUUCGCAUACAAGGAUCGAGUCAUCGUAGUGAAUAUGAGCACGGAAGUCACGCACACGCUAAUGCCCCAACGACAAUCGAUUUACGACAGCUCCAGCAACCUGUCCAGCAGCAGCACCAGCUCCGGUUACCACAGCCUGCAGCACCAUGGUUCGCACCGUCUAAUUAAUCAAUCCUUCCUGGAGCAGCACCACCCGACGCCCUCACAGUCGCAACAGCCAUCGUUAUCAUCGUUCCCGCACCAACUGAAGCCAUCGAACGAGCCGCUGCCCGCGCACGGGUUUGGUAACCACGCACUGGCGGUCACGUCGCUGGAGUUCCUCAACGCGCACGACGUCGGUGUGAUAAUGGCCGGGUACAGCGACAGCACGAUACGAUUGUGGCGCCCGAAGGAGACGAGCGACGAAAACCAGCUGCUUUCGGCGUGGCACGGUUUGCUAGAUUUCAAUACAUCAAGCGCAGCCAAGGUAAGCUGUAGCGAGGCGGCACCGGCCGCCCACGGCGGUCUGGUGCUCGCAUGGCACCAGCGCACGCAAACGAUAAUGGCGGCGGGUGAAGCGAAAUACAUACGCCUGUGGGAUGCUGAGCGGGAGAUGCGUAUCUGUGAUAUUCCGAGCGGCUCCGACACGGCCGUACUGAAGCUGUCCUGCGCGCCGAACGGUAUAUUUGCGGCCGGGUUUUACGAUGGCAGUGUGCGCAUAUUCGAUCGCCGCUGUCCGCCAGCCGAGACGCGCUGCGCAACCAUACGGGAGCACAUUAACCCGGUGCUGGCGAUCUGCCUGCGCGACGAUUGCGAAUCGCUAGUGACCGCCGAUGUGUCGGCUAGCGUACGGCUCUACGAUAUAAGGAAAGCGUACUCCUCCGUACAGAACUGGAGCGCCGGGACGGACGUGUCGGCGAUGGCGAUACACACGAGCGCCGACAUUCUCGCCUGUGCAACCAGCCAGAUCGUCAUCUACGGGCUGGACGGUGUGGUGCUUAGCUCGGGCCGCAGCAACGAAGGAUUCAUGGCACCCCGGAAGGGUGUGGCCUCCUGUCUGUCGUUUCAUAAAUACAAACUCAAUCUGGCGGCCGGCUACAACGACAAUACCGCGGCGGUGCUAGUGCCAUAGGGCUGGAAGAUGGCUAUCGCGUAGAUGCCGAACAAACUAAACAUUGCUUUACUGCUGCGCUCGUAUGUUUUGCUUUCGGAUGCAUGAAAUACGCCGUAAGGCAUUGCUACUUGCAGGUAAGGGGCUGGUUUUUUCCAUACUCAGGGGCAAGUUCUCUAACAGGAGUAAAAUGUGUUGUUUUUUUUAAUAUUUAUAUCUAUCCACACUCUUGUUUCAGAUAGAGCUGCCGGACACCGUUUACCGAACAAUGGACAUGCUCUGAUCAAACCGCGCGCGCAUAAACAAGACGCGAUGGCGUUAAACAAGAGACAGCCACUCGUUCCUGAAGUCGCUUGCUGAAUACUAGCCAUGUAAAUUGUAUGUUUAUUCUUUUUUUCCACAACAGUGUACGUAUAAAAAUUCGCUUAGAAAGCAAAACACGAUGCAAGCAUAAUUUAAAAUCAAGAAAAUUUGCAAAGAAAAAAAAACUCCCAAUGAAAGCCGACGAACCACAUUGUUUGUUCCGAAAUCGUGCAAUAUUAAUUUUAAGCUUAUACUGAUGGUACGUACACAUAUCAAUGUAGUAGUAGCCUCCUCUAGAGUAGUCACUAAUCCUCGACAUAGGUAUAGGUACAAACAUGUUAUCAGGUAUGAUUGUGUAUCUUUUAAUUGAUUGCUCCAUUUGCUCUGUGUACUGGUUAUUUGCACGUACAAGUUGCUUUUUAAACUUUCUAGUUUAGUUUAAUUUAGCAAAAUAAUUUUGUUUUUGUAGCGCGGGUUUGAUUGAAUCACACAAGAUUAUUGCUUCUUUACGCGUAAUAUAAAAUUGGUAAUAAAGUUAUUGUUUAGGUAUUCACAUUA